UCAUGCUGCUGCCAGGUCCAGAGUGUCUCAUGGGUCCCUGUACGGCCUCCCAUUGCUGCUGUCUCCAUCGCCACACUCUGCCAUGUGCCACUUUCAGGUCUCCUCACACACUGCUGGGUUCCAUUUUGUCAUAGGGUGCUGGCAGAUUACGGGCCUCCCAUUGCUGCUGCCAGGCCUUAAUCUGCCAUGGGCCCCUGUACCGCCUCCUCAUGCUGCUGCCAGGUCCACAGUGUCUCAUGGGUCCCUGUACCGCCUCCCAUUGCUGCUGUCUCCAUCGCCACACUCUGCCAUGUGCCACUUUCAGGUCUCCUCACACUGCUGGUGGGUUUCCAUUUUGUCA